AUGCUGCUAGAUAUGGGUGCUGAUGUCCAUGCACAAGGAGGCGAGUAUAGCAGUGUGUUGCAGGCAGUAGUAGAGCGAGGCUAUAAGAUAGUGGUGCAGAUGCUACUGGACACGGGUGCUGAUGUGAACGCACAACAAGGCGUGUUUAGCAACGCGCUGCAGGCGGCAUUAUUUAUGGGGCAGGAGACAGUGGUGCAGAUGCUGCUGGAUACAGGUACUAAUGUCAACGCACAAGGAGGCGAGUAUAGCAAUACGCUACAGGCGGCAUCCUAG